AUGAACGUAUUGGACUCCUGGUUGGUUCCAGACUCCAGAAGCUCCAAGAAGAUGAACACGCCGGCCGAGAUCUUUAAGUUUUUUCGCGAGAAGGACAGUAAGACCGCGCAAUUGUCGGACAUUUCAAGUGAUCAGUCAGAGACUCCAGAGAUUAUCAGCGAGACUGUGGUGGAACCUCCUUCGUCGGGUGUGUCCAUUGCGUCGGUGUUGAUGCCUCAAAAGACGCAACAGGUCAAACAACCUGAAACCAAGCCACUGCACGAUCCUCAUCACGUUGUUUUAAAAUACAAAACCAAACAGCCAAAGUCGUCACAGGACAGUUUGUUGAAGAAUGGUCGGUUCCCGAUCCAGUCCGCCCGCUUGAGACCGGACUCGUUGGUUGUGAAGUUGAAAAUUAGUCCGGCUAAAUUGAAAUCGCUUGAUAAGCCCGAGCCUACACAAAUAAUUGAUCUGGAGGCAGAGCCAGUUCCAGAGCCGGUGAAACGACCGAAACCGAUGAACUCUUUCUUUCAAAGCGUGGCGGACCGUGCACGGAAGGCCGAAAUUGCAGAAACGUCAAAGAAACAGCGCGUUCAGUCGAUGGAGCUUCCUGUCUUGAAAAAGGACGAUUUCAUGGUUUACGACAACACAAUUGAUACAACAGACACAAUCAGCAUAUCCGCAGCAUCGUUUUUGCAUAAGACCAGUAUACCACAGGACAUAGACGAAAUGACGUUCACGGACCAGGAACACUCGCAGUUUGUCAACCAUUACAACACAACUAAGCCCAAACCUUUGAAUAGCAGCUAUAUUUACUCGCAAUCCGCAGACACCAUGGACCAGGUGGUUGCCGAACGGUACGGCCGUCUCACGGAUCCGGCGUUUGAGAGGUUCUUCAACACCUCGUUUGACGGGCCGACAACUCAGUGGUGUGACCUGUUCAAGCCGGCUGGAUACCGCGACAUUCUCCAGCCAGAGAGUCUUCGCACGGACGUUUAUUUAUGGAUUAGGAACAUGUUUGCCAAACUAACCCGGGUGGAUAUCACCAAACGAACGAGUCUGCUGCGCAAGAAGCGGAUCAGCUACGAGAUGGACGACUUCUUGGUUAACGACUUUGAUUCUGGUGAAGAAACCGAAGAUGAGGUUUUCCUGCCAUCGCUCAUCAUUGAGGGACCUACAGGUUGUGGAAAAACGGCAGCCGUGUACUCCAUUGUGAAAGAACAGCUGAAAGGCUAUGUCUACGAGCUGAACUCAGGCCAGAACAGAGCACGCAGAAACAUCAGCUUCCACUUGAAACAGAUAGGAACCACCAAAGACGUGAAACAUAGCCAGGACCACGGCCUUAUUCUGUUUGACGACGUAGAUCUGAUCGAUCCCGAGGACGACAAGGAGUUCUGGACGGCCGCGAUGGAACUCCUCACGUACUCGUACCGGCCGGUGAUCUUCACCACGAACGACAUCGCGAAAGUUCCAGCAAAUAUUGUCCGGCAGAGCACAGUGUACUGUUUCCAGAACGUGGACAAUCAACUGAAAACGACAUACCUGGACCUGGUUGCACUCAAGAUGAGACUCAAGCUCGAUCCGCUCAUACUCCAGGACCUGGCCGCACUGGAUCUCCGCCAUGCCCUGAUGGAGCUGCAGCUGUGGGGAGACCGAUGUGCGAUUCCCGAAAACGGACUUGCCGAGGUACAGAAACGAGCCCACACAGAACCGCAGCAGAGCAAGUCUCUACGGAGUCUGGAUCUCGAGCACGAUCUGGAGUAUUGCCGCUCUUUUGCCGAGCCGGAGCCUGAGAACUUUGAAAACGUGCUGAACCGGCACACACUGGACUUCUACUCGUCAAAAAUGCUGAUCAAGGGUUCUCGAAUGAGAGCUGCCAGAUACGUUGACGGAGACGAUUAUUUGCAGCAACACCCGGGCUGUUCACUGAACCGACUGAGUAGCGGCCGAUUCGCAGCCGAUGUGACGCCGUUCAUCAAAGAAAUGGCCCGCGGCGAGAUGGUGCGCGUCCAGCUCAACCAGCCCCGCGUGUUUGGCCUCGACCCGAUGGAGUACUUUGAUAAGCUUUUUUGA